AUGUCUGCUUCUACUUCCUUCUCGCUCUUCACAUCCUUGCGCUACGAUCCACUACUCCUCCAAAGUUCACAAAAUGGGUCCGAUAUAUUGAGCUUCUCCUCGCCAAGUCCAUUCUACAUGCUCCGGUAUCAUCGGGAUCGCAUGCUGGAAGCAGCACAGCAUUUUGAAUGGACGCCAGUGACUCAAAAGCUUAUGGAUGGUGAAGCGCUAGAAAAAAUACUCCUGGAAGAAGUGGAAUCGUGGCGUAAGAUUGGUAGCCACGGCGAUGUCCCACUGAAGGUCCGAGUGCUGUUUAACCCCUCUGGACAAAUGCAAACGGAUUUAGCCCCGGUCCCGCCAGCAUCACUGAAGGAUUUCUUCCCGUCGACUCUGGACCUACCGGCGCCAAAACCUGCGAAAACAUUCACCCCCUCUCCGCUAACUGGUGGUGCACUCACACUCGGACCCAGUGAUUCACUCGCGAGUGAUUCAUCUUCAACGUCUUGGAUCAUAACUUUAGAUACUGAGCCAACACCGACAUCACCGCACACUCUUUUGAAGACAACCCACCGAACGCAUUAUGAUGCCUCUCGUGCGCGGUCCGUGCCGGCUGCCGAGAAAAAAGAUGGUCAGAUGCAUGAAGUGCUGCUUUGGAACGAAGUCCAAGAAAUCACCGAAGGUAGUUUCACUAGUGCAUACUUCUAUCGCGGCGGGAGGUGGGUGACACCUCCUGUUGGACAACCGAAGAAUGUGCCGGUACCUCCAGAGGCCGGUGCGGCUACCACGGAGGGUACGAACGAAGUGAAGGACGGUAUGGAGGAGCCCCCCCGACCGACGUCAGAAAAUGCUUAUGUGGACGAAGGGGAGCUCCGUGAGCCGUUUGCUGGCCGAUGGGGUCACAGUGUGAGAAGCCCAAAGGCUGUGAUGGGUAGCGGAGGGCAAAGAGGAACGACGAGGAGAUGGGCUUUAAAGGCAGGUUUGUGUAUGGAGGAGCCAAUAAGCAAGUACACAGUGAAUACGGGUGAGAAGGUUUGGGUCAGUAACGGGGUCAGAGGAUUCGGGUUGGGAACAGUCGUGGAGAUUAGGAAGCAGUGA